UGCGACAGUUAGCGUCUUCCACGAGACUCAUCACCUGAGCAGAAGGCAGACGAAAAAUGGGAUCGGAAGGAAAAUCGAGUGAGCGUGGAACAGCAGAUGCCUAUUUUUUAUCCAGUUCCUGCAUGGACAAAAACAUUCUGACUCUUGUCCUCGACAAACUAAGAUGUGUAGCAGCCGAUGGCAACACGUUGGUGGCCAGCCUUGAUACAUGCUAUCGGCUCACUGUAUAUCAGACUGCAACUGGACUGUGUCUAGACUGGGCGAGACGGCAUGGACUACCAUCCAAGAAGUUACUUCUGAACAAGCAUGAUGCAUUGGUGGCCUUACAGUUGUGCCUGGCUCAAAAAAGCAAAGACGAAGGAGGUGACUUUCACGUGGAGCUGAGUAGGGUGUUGGAACUAGAGCGCCACCUGACGAUGGCCGCCACGGCCGCAUGUACAUCACGCCGGAGACCUGCCCUCCCAUGUAGUACUACUGUUAACACACACAGAAAAACAGGAAUCUCAGAUUGCUCCAGUGACAGUGAUAGGUCAGAGCCAUCCUCGGUCGUAGAAGCUGAUAGGUCAGAGCCAACCUCAGCCAUGGAAGCUGAUAGGUCAGAGCCAUCCCCGGCCAUGGAAGCUGAUAGGUCAGAGCCAUCCCCGGCCAUGGAAGCUGAUAGGUCAGAGCCAUCCCCGGCCGUGGAAGCUGAUAGGUCAGAGCCAUCCCCGGCCGUGGAAGCUGAUAGGUCAGAGCCAUCCCCGGCCGUAGAAGCUGAUAGGUCAGAGCCAUCCCUGGCCGGGGUAGCUGAUAGGUUGGAGCUGGAAUCGGCACGUAAGAGCUACUACAGGUUCCUCGACGAAUGUGACGUUGUUGAUGAGAGGGGGCUGCUGGCAUUCCUAAUGGAUAAAUCUAUGAGUGGUGCUGCCGAGGAUGAUGAGUGCUGUCACAAUCGCAAGCCCUUGCUGUUUGUCGGGAUUCCACAGUGUCCAAUACAGCGCGCUUUUAUAUCGAUGCUUUGCCGAAACAGACGAGUAUACAAUGUCACCGUGGAGACGUCCCUCGACGCCAGUCUCCGCGAAGGAGAGGUAGUGUCGCCGGAGAUAAGCAUAGAUGCGGGUCGGUUAGAGGAGAUUCUUGUUGCUCCCGUGGAGCCCUCUGGUGACAAGCCUUCGGCGGCAACCGAGGCUUAUGUCAUGAAAAUUUUGAUUGGCUAUCUACGUCUGCUCAUCAACUCUAGAGAUGAGAUGUCAUUGGCUUGUAUCAUCAAUGUACCGGAGAGAGGAAUCAACCACGCAGCUUUCACGGAGUUGAAACGACUGGCACGAAAACGGGGAAUGCCGUUAUUCCAGACAGUGACAUCGUACGUGAUGCGUGUACGCCUUGGUGGGAAGAGCUAUGCUCCGGAGCAGUGCUGCCCUCUCUAUCCACAUAUUUCGGCCCUCAGCGAUUUCAUCUGCCUUCUGAACAAAAUGCAGACGAUUCUGGAAGAGGAGCAGGAUACCGGAAGGGCCAUCCAGACGUUAAUCUCCGUCGUUAAGAAUGCACUUCUCAAGUCAAAACAUAACACACUCGGGGCAAGUGGUAUAGAUGGCGCUGUCAGUCGGCUGCGAACUCUCGCCCAAACAGCAACACAGAGACUGGCCGAGGGACAGCUGGAUGAUAAGCUCGACAUUCCCGAGAGAAUAUGCGGUCACCGCAACGUCAUCGCGUUACGCGAGCUCCUCGACGACGCAGCCUCCCUGCCGGUCGCCGACGGCAACCGCGCAGACGUGCUCACCGGUGGCGUCGCGAGUCAGUCGACGCCGAUACACCUGCCCUCGCUGAUGUCGCAGUUCAGGUCGCCAGAUGUUUGCAGCCCAGACGAGAACGAAAUGCCUCUCGCACAGAGACUUGCUGAAAGUGACCACCAGGUGACAGCACAGAUCACCAGACCUCAGAGAUACGGUUCAUGUCUGACAUGGGCAGAACCUGCUAUAGACGCUGGCUUCACUCAAAAGGACGCAAUAGAGGAGAUCCACCUUCUCCGAUCGCCCGGAGUUUGCGAAACUUCCAGUACACUAGUCAGCAGAGCAACGCCCAAGAACGUUGGUGCAUCUAGGCUGAACUCGGACGCCACCAGAGGGCGCCCUAGGAGAAACGAUGCGGAGACGGAAUUAAGCGCUGGUGAAAUUGCCAUUACUGCGUCAGCCACACCAGUUUCCAGCAAGGCAGGCAAUAAGAGGGUGCGUAAUGGCCAAAACAGGGCUAAACGUCCCCUGCCUAUUGAGAGAACUGCAGAGCAAGAAAUCAAGCAGCAUAAAAACCCAGGUGCUUGUAAGAGACGAAAACAAGUGGCCCUCUUGCAUGGGCAGAAAACGCUGACCGACUUUUUUAAGCGAUGAUCGCUUCUAUAUGUUGUGUGCACCAAUAUGAAUGCUUCUUGUAUAUGGUGAAGUAAGUUAUAUGUGUGCACACGUAUAAUUACAUAUAAUAGUAUGUGAAAUAAUAAGAGCAUUCCACCACACGCAGGUCGUAGGUCAUGUGUAUUCGGUGGUGCAGGGAAGAGGUCGCAUUGAAUCUGUACUCUGCAUUUCUAAAUAUCAAGUUGCAUCGUGCAAAUUUGCGUGAAAAGAAUUAUUAUUUAUUUUUUGACAGUCUUGCUACUUGCUAUGUCAGCUAUACUAAAUCUAUGCUGUGCCGAAUUAUGAAUUUGAUAUGCGUUAAUUAAUUCAUAAUAAUAAACAACAUCAUUUUCGUGUAUGUGCGAUUUAUUGUAUGAUGCUAAAAGGUGAAACGUAUAGCGCAGUAUAAUAUUCCUUUGUCAUUUCUUGUCUCAUUACAAUUUUUACUGAUGUAAAAUAAAGACAUUUUCAUCAUUUUGUCAA